UUUACAAUAAAGUUUUGCGCUUUGAAGCGGAAGUGGAGACAGAGCAGGCGUUUGUUUGGCCGGUUGCUCCGACGACCACAACAAAGAUGGCGGCGACGACGACGACUUCGCGAGAGCCGCAAGUUUCCUCGGAGGUUUUGCGAGGACUGGCCCGACAUUUAAACUGCCUCGGGGAAGCCAACAAGUCGACGAGGAAGAGAGCCCUGGAGUGCAUCAAAAGAGAGACGGUGGAUAAAAACCUGUCGGGCGUCGUCCUUCAGGAGCUUUUCUCCGCCCUCCUCAAGCCUCUGCUCAAAUGUCUGUCAGAUCCGACGGAGAGAUGCCGAGAAAUCGCCAUUACGCUCAUAAGUGAAUUUAUUCGCUGCGUCCCCGAGCCGCAGGAGUCGUUGCCUUAUCUCGUGCCGUGCUUGGCUCAGCGGUUCGGGGAGAAGGAGAUCCUGGAACCGGCCGAGGAGCUUCGCUUGUCGGCGACCGAGAUGUUGACGCUGACCGUGGAGGUGUGUGGAAAGCAGCUGGCGCCUUAUCUCAACGAACUCAUCAACAUUUUGCAGAGGACCCUGGUGGACCCUUUUCCCGACGUCAAAAGAGAAAGCUGCAAAUGCACCGUGAACGUUGCCAACUGUUUACCAGAGCAUUUCCACAUGCAGGCCGAGAGUCUGGUGAAGCCUCUCAUGCAGACAAUCGCUCAUCAGCACUCCAAGGUGCGGGUGUCUGUCAUCGAGGCCGCCGGGGCGGUCAUUCAGCACGGCACCGGCAAAAACGUGGACGAUGUCCUGUCUCACCUGGCGCAGAGGCUGUUUGACGACUCGCCGCAGGUGAGAAAAGCUGUCACCGUAGUCGUGGGCGACUGGCUGCUCAACUUAAGGGACCGAUACUCCUACUUCCACAAACUUACUCCUCUCCUGCUGAGCGGCGUUACCGAUGAGAUUCCUGAAAUAAGACUUUUGGCGGCGGAUUUAUGGCGGCAGGUCGGCGCCCAGUGGGAGAAGGAGAACGAGGACGACCUGAAGGACAAACUGGACUUUCUCCUUUCCCAGCCGCCCUUUUACCCGGCGGGAGUGGAGCGUCCGGGUCUGGGCUGCAGAGAACUGGUGGCGAGGAACCUGUACCGACUGGUGCCCGCCAUCAGCCGCGACCUGAGCGACUGGCUGGUGGCCACCCGGGUCAGAACAUCGCAGCUGCUGACGGUGCUGCUGCUCCACGCGGAGGAGCGCAGCACGCAGCACCUGCAGCCUCUCCUGGCCCUCCUCUACCGGGCCUGCGCCGACUCGGAGAAGGAGGUGGUCCGCCAUUGCCUGGCCGCCGCUAAGCUGCUGGGCACCUUCGUCCCGCCCGAGGUCUUCCUCAACCUGCUCCUGGAUCAGGUGAAGGCCCCCUCCUGCGCCUCCCGCCCGUGGUGCGCCCUGAUGGUGCUGCAGGCCGUGCUGGGAGGAUGCCCCCGAGCUCUCCUGGCGCCGCACCUCCCGCAGAUCGCCGGCACGCUGGCCCAGCCCGACGUCUGCCAGGACUAUCAACAGCUGGCGUACUUGGAGCAGUUGCUGGCCUGCGUGGACGCGCUGCUGCGCCAAGGCGAUUCCGACUGCCGGCCGGUCAGCCUGCAGCUGCUGCAGGUGCUGGUGAGCGUCCAGAGCCUCUCCGCCGAGCCUCACGUCAGCCGCAAGGCCCUGGCGAGCGUCCAGAGGCUGUGCGAGGUCCAAGGCCUGGGAUCGACGACGGAGCUCUACAGGCAACACAUGGCCCAGCUGCUGGCCUGGCUGUCGGCCUCCGUCCACACCUGGUCCGCUUUCUCGCCGCACCGACUCCAAAUGCACAUCGUGGUGGUGCAGUCAGGUCCGGUUAUCGGAGAGUUUGUGCAGCCGCUGAUGCCCCUGCUGCGCGCCUGCCUCCAACCGGAAAGAGACCAAGAGAUGAGGAUGAACGUCUUCGCCAUGCUGGCCAAGUUGCUGCUGGAGGGGGACAAGACGCUGGACUCGCAGGGACUUUUUCGGGAGGAGUCUGUGAAGUUCCUUGGCGACGUGCUGCUUCCUAACCUGGUGUGGCGAGCCGGCCGCACCGCCGCCGCCCUGCGGACCUCCGCCCUCAGCUGCCUGCUGGCGCUGCUGCACGGAGGGGGCGUCGCGCCGCAACAGCUCCUGCGCCUGGAGGAGCGGCUGUCACCUCAGCUCUUGUCGUCGCUGGACGAGGACUCCCCGAUGGGCCGACUCUUGGCCUGCCGCUGCCUGUCCACCCUCCUCAGACUGGUGGGGUCCAGCCUGCGCGAGGACGCCCUCAACAAGAUCUACCCCGAGCUGCUGAAGCGUCUGGAUGACGGCAGCGAGGACGUGCGCGCCGAGGCCCUGCGGGCUCUCGGUCUCUGGUUGUCUAGUUGCCUGGGCGGCAACUACGACGGCGAGCUGUGCGCCUCGCACCUGCGGUUCCUUUUCCAGCAACUCCUGCUGCACCUGGACGACCCCGACGGCGCCGUGCAAAACCAAGUGCUGGAAGUGCUGAAGACGGCCAGCUCGGUGCGUCCGGAUCUUCUCAGGAAGGAAGCGGAAGCCGCGAGGGACAAACAUCGCACCUGUCUACACUGCGACCGGCUGCUACAGCACAUCGACUCCAUGAACGCCGGCGGCGGCGACGGGGGCGGCCCAUCCGCCCAUUGACCGCUCCGCGACAAACGGCCCUUAUGCUCGUCGCUUGCGAGUGACUUUGUCGGGCGGGGCCUGUUACCGCCGGAUGGCUAAGAACACCAACCGAUAUGAGACAAGCUAAGCAAAUAAAGAUGGCCUCCCUCCCCCGCCCGUGGUCUUACACAAGCGCAACUUUUCUGCUGGUCUGUGACUUUUUUUUGAAGAGCCUGAUGUGUUCUUAUUUGCCAAGUAAAGUCUGCGCUGAACUCUG